UCUCUCUCACCAACUCCUAUUUUUCUCUCAGCUAGUUUUUGAGUGCAACUGUUUGUUUGGAUUUCCACAUCCCUUUGUUGUUUUGUCAAUCUAGGAAGAGUCCUCUCAGUCUCAGGGUAAAAGAAAAAGAAAAGGAAACAAGAAACCCCUUAAAAAGGAAAUCUCGUUGGUAGUCAUGGCGGCCGCCUCAUCGACGCCUUUUUUUUGUAUCAGAGAUGGUCAGCAGCAACAGACUAUUUCGAAUCCGAUGGCAACGGCCACUGUAAAUACUCCUCAAGCUUCAGCUCCUCCUCCUGUGAAGAAGAAGAGGAAUCUACCGGGAACUCCAAGCAAGUAUCUAAACUCACAUCCCGACGCGGAGGUCAUCGCUCUCUCGCCAAAAACCCUAAUGGCGACUAACCGGUUCAUAUGUGAAGUCUGCAACAAGGGUUUCCAGCGCGAGCAGAAUCUACAGCUCCAUCGCCGAGGCCACAAUCUUCCAUGGAAACUAAAGCAGAAGAACCACAAAGAAGUUCGAAGGCGAGUUUAUCUCUGCCCUGAACCGACAUGCGUCCACCACGAUCCGUCAAGGGCUCUCGGUGACCUCACCGGAAUCAAGAAGCACUUCUGCAGAAAACACGGCGAGAAGAAGUGGAAGUGCGACAAGUGCUCCAAACGAUAUGCAGUGCAGUCGGACUGGAAAGCUCACUCGAAGACCUGUGGAACUAGAGAGUAUCGUUGUGACUGCGGCACUCUCUUCUCGAGGCGUGACAGCUUCAUCACCCACCGGGCAUUCUGCGACGCCCUAGCCCAAGAAAGACGCUCGGCUCCGACGAGCCUCACCACCCUCGGCAGCCACCUCUUCGGCAACUCCGCCUUCUCCGCGCCGCCAAACAACAAUCAACCUCGGCCUUCUCCACAUCAGCCACCCCCACUUCUCACACCUCCAAGGACCACCACCCCACCCUCCUCCAACUCCUCCGCCUAA